UUUCAGAAUAAUUCUCUUGGCCCCAAGAGAAUCUUCCUUACACCACACGCGCCUGUUACUCUCAGUUGCAUCUCCACCAUCCUAAUCACUCCUUCGCGGCGGCGAUUUUAUCUCUUCCCACCGUAAAGCUCCGUCUCCGUCUCAAUUCCCGCCGCCGGCAUUUCAUUGGACGGAAAAAGUGAAAACAUGUCGGCGAUUCAGACGUUUUUCCUUCAAGGCUCCGUUUCAACUCUCCUUUCUCCUCAUUCAUCAGUCACUAGCUGUCGAAAAGUUUCCGUCAAAUUCACCGUCUCAUGUUGCUCGGCGACCUCUCCUCUGUCCGUAGUGAACGGUAAUGUGGAGAACAGACCUUCCGAUAGAAGCGAAGUUCGUCUCGGCUUGCCUAGCAAAGGCCGAAUGGCUGCUGAUACUCUCGAUCUUCUCAAGGAUUGCCAGCUAUCAGUUAGGCAGGUGAAUCCGCGGCAGUACGUUGCACAAAUUCCACAGAUAUCCAAUCUGGAAGUGUGGUUUCAACGGCCAAAAGACAUUGUGCGGAAGUUGGUAGCUGGAGAUUUAGACCUUGGCAUCGUUGGUCUCGACACAGUUUGUGAAUAUGGGCAGGGGGAUGAAGAUCUCAUCAUUGUCCAUGAUGCCCUUGAGUAUGGUGAUUGUCGUUUAUCUCUGGCUAUACCAAAAUAUGGGAUUUUUGAGAAUGUGAACUCAAUGAAGGAGUUAGCAGAGAUGCCACAGUGGACACCUGAGAGGCCACUGAGAGUUGCAACAGGAUUCACAUAUAUGGGUCCUAAAUUUAUGAAAGAAAAUGGGUUGAAGCAUAUCACUUUUUCAACUGCUGAUGGAGCCCUGGAAGCAGCUCCUGCGAUGGGAAUAGCUGAUGCUAUUGUGGAUCUAGUGAGUAGCGGAACCACACUGAGAGAAAACAAUCUGAAGGAAAUAGAAGGUGGAGUCAUCGUGCAAAGUCAGGCGGUCCUUGUCGCUAGCAGAAAGUCCCUAAUGCAGCGAAAAGGUGUACUUGAUAUAACACAUGAAAUGCUAGAAAGACUGGAAGCACAUCUGAGGGCUGAAGGUCAAUUUACGGUAACUGCUAAUAUGCGAGGAAGCAGUGCGGAGGAAGUCGCUGAACGAAUAUUGAGCCAAAUGUCACUAUCUGGAUUGCAGGGACCCACCAUAAGUCCAGUCUUUUGCAAGCGGGAUGGACGGGUUACAGCUGAUUACUUUGCCAUUGUCAUAUGUGUACCAAAGAAAGCACUUUACAAGUCUGUUCAGCAGCUUAGGGCGAUUGGAGGGAGUGGUGUACUGAUUUCUCCGUUGACCUAUAUUUUUGAUGAAGAAACACCAAGAUGGCGUCAACUCCUUUCUACUUUGGGACUUUGAUCUAUCUAGCAAUGCCUCAAUUGGUUUUUGCAACCACAGUGCCUUUUUUGGAGAGGCAAACAUGAAGACAUUGUUAAAUUUUGUAUUGCAUUGCCACUUAGACUUUAACAUUAGCUCUUGUUGUAACAAUAGUGUGUCAUUCAUUUUGGUGCUAAUGGCAAUUGUAAGAUUGCAUAAACAGAAAAGUGCUCUUGUUAUCCUACUAAAAAUGUACGAACUCACAUGAUAACCUUUGGUGAUCUUGUUAUGGAGACUGUAAUGUAUAACUCGUUAUAAGUGAAUGAUAAUACAUGAAUUGAUAUACGAUCAA